AAGCUGAUGAACAGCAGCAGAAUGAACAGGUUGCACAAGAGCAGCAGCAAUCUAAGCAACAUCUACUAUCCAGAAGAGUGAAAGGCCCUGGUGUAGCAAAUACUAUGCAGUCCCAUCAACAAGGCAAUCUUCACAUGCCUGCCCCACAGCAAAACCAACAAAGACCUCGCUUUAUGAGGCCACGAAUGCCAACAGGGCAGCAACAAAGUGGGCCCCGUCCUCUUAAUCAGAAUCGCUUUCGUAGAGGGCUGGGACCUCUAGAUCGAUCACACCAGGAGCAGCAGAUGAAUCGACCACGUGAUAACACUGGAUAUCAAAUGAGGUUACCACCUCCAACAUUCAGUGAACCUCCCCGAGUAACACAGAUUCUGUGUAUUCACAAGAGUCUCAUCGGCAUCAACAAUUUAAUCAACAGCAUCAACCAGGACACCACUUUCAUCAAGGUCCACCACAGGAUUUGUCACCUCACCAGCAUGGGCCCCCACUGCAGCGUCACUUUGCCACAACUCAUCAACCACCACUCAUCAACCAUUACCACAUCAACCACCACCACCACUCAUACCUAG